UAUACCCGCAAAUCCACAUAUGGGAAGGGAAGGGAGGCAGGCAUGGCCAGAGAGACAGGCUAGCUAGAGAAGCUGCUCCUCACUCUGAUCACAUCAUCUCCUUCUUUCACAGUCACAGCCUAACAAAACAAAUCUCCUUCUUUCUUUGCCGCCACUUUUACCGGCCAAAACAAACAACCAAAGCAACAGAAAAACUCUGUAUCUCCGGCGAAACGACAACAGCAUCAGCACAAAAAACAAAAAACCGUUUUGAACCCCCCCCACACAUCGUUGUCAGCUUUAAAAUUAAGAAGAAGAAGAGUCAAACGUAGGAAACGAGAAAGAAAGUCUUGUUCGGGAUUGAUGCUGCAAUAAAAACCAUUUCUUUAUUUUUCUCGGGAAAAAGAAAACUUUGCUGUUUGGCUACUCGGAAAAUCAAAUCAGAGUUCAAAAUAAAUUAAUAAUAAUAACCAGUGAUGGGCCUUGAAGUGAGUGACUGUUGAUUCUAAAUCAGAAAAGAAAAAAAGGUGUUCACUUUUUUUAUUUGAAGCUGAUAAAAAAAGGUCUUCUCUUUGUGACAAGCUUAUGCGAGUUUCUUAGUUGAUUCGUUACUUGACUUCCUGGUGGUUUUUUGUCAUAAAGGUUAGAUUGCAGUAUCCAAGUAGUAUAUGCUUGAAAAAACCAUACACGGAGCUUGGAGUUCUCUACACCUUCCAUCUCAUAUAAUAUAUGUGAAACAUGAGACUUGAUAGUGAACAUGUGUUUUGCAAUGGAACUAUGGGCCAUGAGCAUGAUUGUAGACCUGUCGAAUAUAAUGAUAAUGUUCUGGACUCCAUUGGACUCAAGUCUGGAAAUGUGACUGUGAAGGAGAAUGAGAAUGGGGAGUUGUAUGAUUUGAAGGGCAUGGAAGGUGAUGCAGAUCGACUACCAAAUGUAGCACCAGUACUCUCUCCUCAUUCUUCAUUGAAAAUGGAGCCAUUCGAGGAUUCGGUUUUCUAUAUGGACAAAAGUGUUUUGGAACGUGAGGUGCCAGAGUUAAUAGUCUGUUACAAAGAGAAUACAUGCCAUGUCAAGGACAUCUGCAUUGAUGAGGGAGUACCUUUGCUGGACAAGUUCUUGUUUGACACAGAUGCACAUGAGAAGAAUGUGUGUGAAUUCUUACCUUCUGCAAGGGAUAUGAACAAUGAGAUGGUUAAAGAAAAGUCUGACCUUGAUAUGUUGAUUCCAGAUGUGCUGAAAUCUUCACCAGAAAAGCAAAAUGCGAAUAUUCAUUUGCCUGUUCCGGAUAUGCUGAAAUCUUCCGAAGAACAGGAUUUGAAAUGUGAAUUAUCCCUUGAUUAUAAUCCCAAGCAUUUAGUACCAACAGAGGAAGUUAUGGACUAUGUAACGGAGAAGGUUGCAAAUGAUGCACCCAAAGAGAUUUUAUCACUUAGAGAUCUGCUUUCAAUGCCAGAAUUUGGUGCAAAUUUUACUUCUACCAAGUCCAAUCACAGCAUGGAUAAAGUUGAACAACAUUCUCUUCAGUGCCCGCGGGAAAAUGCAAUAUUGGAGUCAGAUUCUACAAGUGAAGAAUCUGAAAAUCGCAGUAAGGAAACAGUCUCAGUGACAUCUACUUUGGUUUUUGCUGCUGAAGAACGUGACAGUGGCCUUGAGGCACCAACCUUGGCAAUCCCUGCCCAGGAUCCUGCAUAUCAAGAAGCAGAGCAUAGCCACAAGGAAGUGGUCUUGGUGAGUCCUACUCUGACUUCUGCAGCAGGAGAAUCAGACAGCAGCAUCGUGGAAUCAAAACUGGCAAUCCAUGCUUUGGAUUCUAUUUAUGAAGAAUUGACCAGUAGGAUCAUGGAUCAGUCACCUUACGAUAGUAAGGCGGAGACUGGAAGCAUCACUUUUGACAAUGACUCUUCUGCUCCCGCUGCGAGUGGUGGACAGUCUCCUCGGAAUGGUGACUCUCAGUGUCUCGAGCCUCAAAUUUCAUCCAGGCUUGAAGAUCCUAAUACCGAGCCAUUUUCAGGUCAACUUUGUACUGAUGGAGAGUCAAGUUUCUCCGCAACAGGCUCUUUACCAGGUCUGGUAAGUUACUCGGGGCCCAUUCCGUAUUCUGGGAGUGUCUCUCUUCGAUCAGACAGCAGCACAACCAGCACCCGCUCCUUUGCCUUCCCCGUAUUACAGUCAGAAUGGAAUAGCAGUCCUGUAAGAAUGGCGAAAGCUGACCGAAGACAUUUCCAGAAACCUAGGAGUUGGAGGCAGGGCCUUCUUUGCUGUAGAUUCUGAAUUCCUCUGUUCUGUCCAUAAGUUGAAGUGAAAAUAUACACACACAUUGAAAUUUUUAUUUAUGGUUUAGAUUGUAGUGUAUAGAUCCAUCUCUCUUUUUCUCUGGCUUGGGGUGUGUACUUGCAGCAGCUCUAUAUUAUCAAAAGUUCUCCCGAGUUUGGGACGCUCGUACACGUCAGUUGAGAUGUAAGCAAUAUCUUAUAAUUUUGCUGUCAUAAUUUCAUCUGCCUUCAUUAAAUUUCA